GAGUGCAUUUCCCAGACGACAGCGCGGACGAUGUCCAGAAGCAGAAACAGCUUCUCAAAGACGCUGCUGCCUUCCUGGUGUCCUGUCAGAUCCCAUCGCUGGUUAAAGACUGUUUGGACCACAGUGCUCUGCCCAUGGAUGGAGCCACACUGACCGAGGCCUUGCGCCAGAGAGGCAUCAACAUUCGCUAUCUGGGCACUGUUCUGGAGUUUGUGGACAAGACCCCCGCCAAAGCCCAGCUGGAGCACUUCUAUAGAAUAGGAAUCAGUGAGCUGAUCACCAGAUGUGCAAAACAUAUCUUCAAGACAUACCUCCAGGGUGUGGAGCUGUCUGCCCUCUCUGCCGCUGUAAGCCAUUUCCUCAACUGCUUCCUGAGCUCCUUCCCCGAUGCAGUCGCCCACCUUCCACCUGAUGAGCUGGUGUCUCGCCGUAAAAGCCGCAAACGUCGCAACAGGGUCCCCGGCGGUGGUGACAACACGGCGUGGGCCAGCCUGACACCCAGCGAGCUGUGGAAGAACAUCGCCUCAGAGGCCCAGAGCUACUAUCAUUUCACCAUACAGUGGUGAGGGGCCCAUCUGUUGAUGUGAA